GCCUGCGCCAAGAGGAGGAUUGGCCAAUCAGGAAAAAGGAGGCAAAUCCAAAAUGGCCGGGUGUGGUGAACAGGUUGCUCGCGGUGGGGAAAAAUCUGGCUCCUCUGGAGAUGAAUUUGACGUGGAGGAGAUUGUUGAUUACCAAAAAGACGGAAAUAAUAUAGAAUGGUACCUGGUGAAAUGGGUGGGAUAUCCCUCUACUGACAACACGUGGGAGCCCAAGAAGAAUCUUGGCAAUAGUAGAAAACUCCUCAAGAGGUUCCAUAAGACUUAUCAUAAAGCAUGCAUAACUCGCACUGAAAUACUCAAGCAGAAGAGACAACUUGAGAAGAGUUUGAAACAGCUCGCUCAAAAGAAGAGGUCCAACAAGUGGAAAGAAUCCGAGUCCAAGGCACUGACCGAUGUCCUCAAGUCCCUGGUCAAGAAAGAGCUCAAAUCCUGGGAGCAAGAGCUCAACUCCAAAUGUCAGAAUGAAGCUCCUAUCACGAUUGUCAACAACGUGGACCUGGAGGGACCUCCCCAGGACUUUGUCUACAUCGGCGACUACAUAGCAGGCACGGGCGUCGACAUCCCAACCGACCCCCCGGUCGGCUGCGAGUGCGACAACUGCUCCUCUGAGGCCGAAAGCAGGUGCUGUCCCCAGAACGGUGGGGUCAAAUUUGCCUACAACAAACAUAAACUCGUAAAAGCUAAACCAGGAACGCCAAUCUAUGAGUGCAAUAAGAUGUGUAAGUGUGGAGAGCAGUGUCCGAACAGGGUGGUCCAAUUGGGCAGGAAACACAAGCUGGUCAUCUUCAGAACGGAAAACGGCAGAGGCUGGGGAGUGAGGACGCUUGUAGAUAUCAAGAAGAACUCCUUCGUCAUGGAAUAUGUAGGAGAGGUCAUUACGAGUGAAGAGGCGGAGCGAAGAGGGAAGAUCUACGAUGCCAACGGAAGGACAUAUCUCUUUGAUCUGGACUACAAUGAUGAUGAUUGCCCCUUCACUGUUGAUGCUGGUCACUAUGGCAACAUAUCUCAUUUUGUCAACCAUUCUUGCGAGCCUAAUCUAGUGGUGUAUGGUGUGUGGGUGAAUUGCCUUGAUCCCAGACUGCCCCGCAUUGCUCUCUUUGCCUGUAGUGACAUCAAGGCUGGCGAAGAACUCACCUUUGAUUAUCAGAUGACAGGUUCAGUGAACGAGGAAGGUGCCAAUGAGUUAGCUCAAGUCGAGUGCAGAUGUGGGUCAGAAAACUGCAGGGGCUUUCUGUUUGAAUAACACAAGCUCAUAGCAUAGGUAUAUUGUUGUAGUCGGUUUUCGUGUGAUAUGUACAGGUGCUUUAAUGAGGGUUAUUUACCGCAGAUGGUUCUCGAACGCAUAAAACCGUCCUGCUUUGCUGUACAUUUCUUAUUGUCAAAAUUAUCAAUAGUCAGACUUGAAUGUAUAUAACUGUGCCUUCAAAGCAGAGUGGUUUAUUGAAAACAUUCCUCAUUUUGUUUGGUUCCAGACAUACCAAUCUAUAUUGCAUUCUUUCCCAUAUCCAUUACUUUACCCCGUUUUGGGGGAGAAAUACUACCAUUUAUUAUUUCAAACUUAAUUAGGGUAAUGAAAUUAAACCAAUAUGCCUUCAAAAGAUAUUGCUCAUUUCAUUUAGCUGUGUCUAGUUAAGACGGGACUAUGUGGGCAAUGUAAAUUUUGAUAAAAAAACAUUACAUGUUUCAAACAUUGAGAUAAAAAGAAAUUGAUAGUACAGGGCUGUAUGUUAUUAUGCAUGUUACUUUUACCAACGAUACAUUCCCUGUCUCAUGGAGAAAUCCAAUACACCUAUGUGCCUUGAAGAUAAUCAUAAUUUCAUUAAGCAUAUAUUGGUAUGCUGCUUUGUGAGCAUUAACAGCCUGUAACUAAUCAAGGUAAAGAAUUUUCUGCAAAAGUAAACAAAGUACGGAAAUUGAUAGUUUUCUAUUACUAUUACAUUUUGCUAUGGAGCAUCAUGUGUAAAUUAUUUGUUGUAUUUAACCAUAUGUUGCCAAAUUUGUGUACUUUGAUCUUUUUUUACUGUUAGAAUACACACACAUCCAAAGAUAUGUCCAGCAAAAGGUUUGUGUUAGAUAAUAUGAAAAAUACCCUAUGUUACCCAAAAUCUCCUUUUUCACCAUUUGAAUAUCAAAUAUAAUAUCUAUUUCUUUGUAUACUACGGGUAAGUCAAAUUUAUUCACAAUUACUUGAUUUAAACCAAUAAAUGAAAUGAAUGUGCUUACUUGAUCAAUUCUAACUUUGUAGAUAUUUCCUUUUACUGAGUAGAAUUUGCCCCAAACACCUAUGUGUAGAGUAGUUUCUCCAAAUCUAAAAAAAAAAGUUGAUAUUGAUUGUCAAUGAUUUCCAAUCUUGUUGAUGUAUUUGAUGAGAGAUUUUAUUCAUUUGAUAGCAGAAUUCUGCCAUGUGUUCAGUUGAAAUUCAUGUAUUUUAGUAAUGACUCUACGUGUAUUAUAUUUUUUGGCAGUUUGUUAGCGACCAUUGUUGUUAUUUCAGAGAAAAUAGAAAGUUAACUCUUUUUUUUGCACUUCACUUGGGCCUCCACAAUCAAGUGAAGCCGAAUUUUGUCCAGAUAAAGGUUGAGUAAUAUUGAUCUUUAAAUUACUUUUGUAUAUAGAUAGGUAUAUAUUGUAUAUUUUGUAGAAUGAGGAACUACAUGACCCUGUGUUCAGACUCAAUAUAUAUUGUACGGCUAUAUGAUAAGUAAUUAAGUUUUUUUAGUCUGAAAGAUGUAUAAAGAAAUGUAUAACAAAAUGCAUGUUUGAGCAUCGUUUCGAACAAAAACUUGGUAAUAGAAUCUAGUCUGUGAGCCCUUUUCACUUUAUGAUGUCGAUGAUUCGUCAGAGAACAUUUCUUUAUGCAAGUUUUUCAUAAAAUAGCCUGAACAUGCUAUGUAGGACCAUAUUGUUUAAAGUUAGUGGAUAAUGUUUUCUCUUCCGUUGUUGCAUGGUCUGUGGCUUAUUUAGAAAAUAAGUUUUGGUGUGAUUCAUGCUGCGCCAAUCACUUGUAGUUCAGUUUAUGGCACUGCCAAUCCUGAAUUGCAGCUGUCCUUUUUCUUUUUAAGAUUGAAAAAAAAAAAGGGUUCUAAUUUAAAAUCAACCAAAAUUCUCCCUUCUGAAAAGAAACAUCAAAAGCUAGCACACAUCUGGGACCCGUUUCACAAAGCCUUUUUCAAUGACAAAUGGCAAAAAUCAGUGUCAAAUCUGUUGAUAACCAAUCAGAAGCAAGGAUUUCAGUAGCUUAUACCAAAAACUGUCAUUUGUCAAUGAUGACAAGUUUGUGAAACGGGGCCCCAGCAUACGAGAAUCAUCCAUUUCCAGUACGGUAUCAUGUGGCACAUUUUGUGUAAUUGUAUGUGUGCCAACGAAACAAUAUUUGAAGGUGUAAACUUUACUGCAACUGAAUUGGUCAAACCCUGUAUUUGAAGCUCUUGCAUUCAGGGGCUAUUGCACAGAGAGAUACAAUAAAUCAUUACCAUUACUUGCAAAGCUGUCAGCUAAGAUCCAACUUUUAGUGAGUCACUACUAAAACUUUGUUCUUGAUUGGCUAACACUGAAAGAGAGUUGCCAUCAAUAAAAAUCAGCCAAUCAGAAUCCACUGUUUAUUGGGUCACUAACUAUGCUAAUCAAACCUCAAGCCCGAUUGGCUAAUGCUUAAAUCUUGCAGCAUCAUUAACCAAUCAGUGUCCACUUCAUAACAUGUUUGUUACAAUAUUAACCUCAUUGGUGAAUGCUGGAGAGUUGUAGUGGUUCUAAAGUUAUAGAAUAUUGGGCAAAAAAUUGUCCAAAGAUCAAACAAAGUGAUUAUCAUACCAUGUGUUAAAGAUGAAUUGGCUUUCUUUUGAUUGUUUUGCAGAGCUUGUGAAUUAUACAGUCAAACCUGUCUGUAGCGACCCCCCCAAGGGAAACACAAAAAGUGAUCUGUGUAGACAAGUUCCUUUUUUACAUGUUUCGAUAAGAAACCAUUUUCAAGGGAAACAAAAAUUGUGGUCUUUGUAGACAGGUGGUCACUAAAGCAGGUUUGACCAUAUCAUCUAUCCUCCCUCUUUCUCUCUCUCUCUCUCUCUCUCUCUCUCUCUCUCUCUUUGUUGUGGUGUUGGUUGCCUUACUAUCCAUACGUGUAACACAUGGGACUUGUUUUCAUUUGAUUACUUUUGAAACGUACCUGUAUCCAAGAGGCGUGUGUAAGUCCAGUCUUUGUUUUAGGUCACAUGGUACCACGCAUGUUUCCAGACUUGCUUAAAAUGCUUGUUUUUUUCUGUAUUUGUAUUCAUAUUUAAGUUGUAUAUUGUAGUUAAUGUUGUACGAUUGUGCAAAGCAUUCCUUAAACUGAGGGGAGGGGACAUAAAGCUUAUGGAGAAAAUUGCACCGAAAGAGUUUUUAUACCCAUAGUGCUGCUUUAUAUCAUGUUAUCUGUGACUGUGACUGUCAACUGUCGGUUUGUACAAAAUAUACUAAUGUUUAAUGAAAAUAAUGUUCAGUAUCACAUACUUUAAAUUCAAGCACCACAAAUAUUGUGUUUUUCUAACAAUUCUCCAUUGAUGGUCUCAUUUUGUAUGGUAUGCCUCGAGUUAUAAAGAGUUUAUCUCAUGUAAAUUAUAUUGUAAUAUAUGGUAUAUAGUUUGCACAUAAAGUUUUGGAGAUGUUGCACAAGAAUGCAUUUGUGAAAUUUGAGUAGAUUUCUUUCUUUCUUUUUUUUUCUUUUUCAAUUUCAGAGGUUAUUGAUGAAAAACAAUUUUGUAUGUACAUUAUUAUUUUAUGACUUGUGAAUGUAUGGUGGUGAGAGAUAUUUGAAAUAUACUUGUCUCUAUUUGA